AUGGGACACUCACAUGCCCAAGGCUGGGCAAGCGGCUCUCGGGUCAGGGUUCUGAGAAGAGCUUUGUUUACAUUUGAUUCGAUUCGUACAGGCUCGACAGAAGCGCCGUUUGGAAAUGACGGGGCAGAUCUAUGGAUACGGCCCACGACAGCCAAUAUAAAUUUUCGCCAUCCUUGA